AUGAUCAAAUUAAUUACGGAUAGACGAUUAACACAGAGAAUUAUUGCAGAUUCACUUAAUGUUAUUCCAAUAGCCACAUCGGGUGAUGUGCCGAAGGCGAGAAGUCUUCAUACACAUAUCAACACCGGAACGAGUCUUUUUGUUUUCGGCGGUAAAUUUGACAAUCCCGAAGAUAAACUAGAUGGAAACAUUUAUAUGCUCGACAUAGGUUCAAAGUAUAUUUGGAGUAAACCAACAAUUACAGGAAAUCUUCCUGCCGGAAGAUAUGGUCAUACGUCUACAGCAAUUGGGACAAAAAUAUAUAUUUUUGGUGGUCGAAAUGAUGAAAAAUAUUUAAAUGAUUUAAUUUCUUUUGAUUUUAAGAGUUUCAAAUCAAUUAAGAAAAAAAGUAAAUUGAAAUUUACUUUAGGUAAAGGAAAUAAUAAUUCAUCUGAAUGGAAUUUUAUUGUUCCAGCAAAUUCUCCACCACCUGCAAGGAGUGGACAUAUUUCUUGUAAUUGUGAUGAUAAAAUAUAUAUAUUUGGUGGGAGUGAUGGAGAAAAAUAUUACAAUGAUACAUGGUGUUAUGAUAUAAAAGAAAAUACAUGGAUUGAGUUAUCUUGUACAGGUUAUAUACCAGCUCCACGAGAGUUACACAGCGCAACAAUUAUAAAUGAUGUUAUAUAUUCUUUUGGCGGAAGGACAAAAGAAGGAAAUGUAAUUAAGGAAUUAGGAGAUUUGUGCGCUUUUCGAAUAUCAAAUUUAAGAUGGUACAAGUUCCCAAAUCUUGGUCCAUCACCAAGUCCUCGGUAUAGUCUUAAUAUGACGGCGUCUCAUGAUAAAAUAUGUGUCUUUGGUGGUGAUUGUUCUCAACCACCAAAAAUAGACGAAGAUGGGAUAAUACAUAUUUUAGAUACUUCAAAAAUUAAAUUUCCAAAUGGAACUCAACCAAAUGAAUUUCCUCCACGAAAUACGACUGCUUUGCCACUGCCGGAGUCAACUCCACCACAAUCAAAACCACCUUCACAACCAUUACCACCACCGCCACCAUUACGAAAAGAAACAUCCUUCCCACAGAGACCAACUUCUCCUUCAAAAGGAAAGGCACUUGAAAAUGUUCAAUUUUUUCAACAAGAAUAUUCGCCUACUGAUUCUGAAAUUAGUUCAUAUGAAUUGCAAACAAUAAAUGUAGCUCAAUUACAACAGCAACAAGAAUAUCUGUCAUCAAGGGAAAUAAUUCGUAAGAACUUCAUAGAUAAAAUAGAUAAAGGAGAUCUCAAUAAUAAUAAUUUGACAGGAUGUAAUAAUAAAUCUUCGUUACCAUUACCUAUAAAGUCAAAAAUUAACAUUAGUGCUUGGGCAAACCCUAUACAGGAUAUGUCAAUUAAACGAGAUUUUUUUGAGGUUCAAAAUUCAAUUCCGGAAGAUUCAAUAAUGACCACAAAUGAAAAUCCUAAUAGGCGAAUUUUUCUCGAUAAUCAACGAAGAAUUUCACAUCGACGAACAAAUUCACAAGAAUUAUCAAUCUCAUCAACACCAAGGGCUUUAGCACCCAGGAGAAUCUCAGUUGAUAAUAGGCCUACACCACAUGAAUUAUCAUUAGGACCUUCACAUGGACAGUUUCCUAUCAGAAGAGCUUCUGCAGAUAAUUAUAAAACAACUAAACAAAUAACAGGAUUUCCUUCGGGACGAACUUCUUGCGAUAAUCAAAGGACAAUUACAACAAUUAUUGAGUCUCCCUCGAGGGCAACUUUUGCUGAUGAUACAAAAUUGAUUACAUCAACAAUCAAAUCUCCUUCGAAAAUAACUGUUAAUAAUCAAAAAACUACCUUGAUUGAUAAUCAACGAACAAUUACUCCAAUAAUGGAAUCACCCUCGAAUAAAAUUUUAGUCGAUAAAGAAAGUACAGUCACUCCUAUAAUGGAAUCUCCCUCGAAUUCAACUUUAGUUGAUAAGGAAAAGACAAUUACACCAAUAACGGAAUCUCCCUCGAACACAACUAUAGUUGAUAAUCAGAAGUCAAUUACGGAGUCUCCCUCGAACCCAAACACAACAUUUAUUGAUAAUGAAAGAAUAAUUACGCCAAUAACGGAACCUCUUUCUCAAACUCCAGUAGUGGAAACUUCCUCGACUACAACUUUAGUUGAUAAUGAAAGAAAAAUCACACCAAUUGUAGAAUCUCCCACUGAAACAACAUGGACAACUUUGGUUGGUAAUCAAAGAACAACCAUACAGGCAACGGAAGUUAAUUCAUUGAAGAUUUCGGUUGAUAAUCAAAUAAUAGGUUCACAUUUUGGAGAACAUCCUUCGACAAUAUCUGUUGAAAGUCAAAAAACCACACAAACAACCGAGAUGCCUUCAAGGCAAACCUCUCAUGAUAGUAAAAUGGAUUUGCCGAUAAUAGGAUUUCCUUCAACCACCAUCGCCUCGAUUAAUAAUACACCCAAUAUCAUACCAACGUCGAGAGCGUCGGCUUUGCCAGUAUUGUCAGUAAUUUCUGAACAAAAAGAACUAGUUACUAGUGAAGCUACAAGAAAUACGACAAUGGACGUUAGUGAAAAUAAGACUGAGAAAGUUAAAAACAUACCAAGUAAGAGAAAUAAUAGUUCAACUACUACGAUUUAUAAACCUGAUAAGCGAAGUUCAUCAGAUUCUUUGACAUCAUCAUCGUCAAACCAAAGCAAUCAUUCAUUAUCAAGUCGUCGGAAUGGAAAAGAAACUCGUCCACGUGGUGCUAGACCCAUGGGUGCCAGUAGACCAAAUAAUAGUUCUCCAUUACACAUGAGAACAGAUUCCGAUCAAUUAAAUCGGGAUAGUUUGAUAAAAUUACAAGAAUCAUUGACACAUUCACCUAGUAAUGGUAUAAAUACUCCGGAUAAUUCAUCAGUUGCUUCAUCGCGAAGUGGGAAUUCUGUUUAUAAUGAUGAUGAAAGUACUCGAGUACGGUCGUCAUCACAGCCGAAAUCAUCAAAUUCUUCUAUCUCGGAUGUUAAACCUAAUAAUGAUAGUGGGAAUGAAAAAUCACGGCAUGAAAGUGAAAGUGACGGUUCAGUAUAUGAAAACGAUGAUAUAAUGACAACAUCGUCGAAUACGAAUGAUAGUUUUAUUAUUCAAACAUCUAAAUUAGAUGUCACCGAAGAUGUCUCAGAUAUACCUCAUCUUAAAAUGGAUGAUGAAAAUUUAAAGCAGGAAUUUGAACAACAUCAGUCAAAUAUAAAAGAAUUUAAACAACGAGAAUCAUGGUUUAAAGCUGAACUGGAUUCGGCACGUAAAUCAGGAUUUACACCUGAUCUGUAUGAUGAUGGGAACAAAGAGGAUGGUGGUGCAACGGAAGAAGUCGAAAAAAUGUUAAUUAAUGGAGAUGAUGAUGAGGUAUACAAUGCAGAACAAAGGAGAGUUAUGGAAUCGAUCAUCCAAAUUCAACAAAGGUUAUUGAAGGCAAAAGCAAAGAUAUCAAAUCAGGCACAGGUCGUAUCACAAAAACUUUCAUCAUCAGAACGAGCAAGAUCGGCAGCGGUGCAUGAGGCAACGUAUUUUAGGACGAAAUUAGAUACUUUGGUCAAAUUGUCUGAAUCCAAAUUUUCUAACGUUGAACUUGGUCAAACAAAAGAGUUGGAAAAGCAAUUGAUUAAGACAUUAACGGAAAAUAAAAUGUUAGAAGAUCAAUAUCUUGAAUUUUGUCAAUCAUCAAAUUUAGAAAAAUCCACAAAAAAAUCGGUUAAUGAUCAAAUACAAAUUGAUAUAUCAAGAGCCGAAAGUGCCGAAAAAGCAAGAGAGAGAGUUUUAGCCAAAUUAGCCGCCUUAAGGUUAAAAGCUGCCACAUCCGAAUCACAAUUAGAAAAAUCAAAUAAGCAAUUAGAAAAGGUCAAUAAUGAAAUAGAAUUAUUUAGGAAAGAAAAAUCCAAUGAUAGAGUAAAAAUAAAUAAUUUACACUCGAAUUUAAAUCAUCAUCAUCAAGUAUUUGAACAAGUUAGUAAUGCAGUAUUGAUAGCCAAUGAAAGAGCUGAAGAAGCCGAAAAAUUAUGGAAACAAUCUAGAAAUGAUAUUUUUAAAUUAGAAAAGGAAGUGGUAGGAUUAAAAAUGGAACUGGAAAAUAAAACGAGAGAAUUGGAUCACGCUGUUGACAGAGUAGAUGAAGUAGAAAGAUUAUUAGGUAAAGUACAAAAAGAAGGUUCGGUGGUUAGAAAUCUGAUGCAAGAAGGUAUGACUGAAUUAUUAAAUAUUAGUUGGUGGGAUAAGGUUAGUAAUAGUGUUUGGGAAAAUGCUAAAAUUAGAAGACUAGAAGAAGAAUUAGCUCUUCUUAAAGGUUCCAAAGACGAUGACAAUUAUUUAAAAUUAUAUGAAUAA